AUGUACAGGUAUGGACGGCAGACUCUUCUUUACUGUCCUGUUUGUGACGCUUUUCUGGAUAUCUGUUGGCACCUUUGCCCAAUCAUCAACAGCAGCAGCAGGCACAACAAUAGCGGCAUCCAUGACAAAAGGAAACGGCAUGACAAACGCACCAGGUGCAACAACAAUGGCGCCAUCCAUGACAACAGGAAACGGCAUGACAAACGCACCAGGUGCAACAACAACGGCGCCAUCCAUGACAACAGGAAACGGCAUGACAAACACACGAGGUGCAACAACAACGGCGCCAUUCAUGACAAAAGGAAACGACAUGACAAACGCACCAGGUGCAACAACAACGGGGCCAUCCAUGACAACAGGAAACGACAUGACAAACGCACCAGGUGCAACAACAACGGCGCCAUCCAUGACAACAGGAAACGGCAUGACAAACGCACCAGGUGCAACAACAACGGCGCCAUCCAUGACAACAGGAAACGGCAUGACAAACGCACGAGGUGCAACAACAACGGCGCCAUCCAUGACAACAGGAAACGGCAUGACAAACGCACCAGGUGCAACAACAACGGCGCCAUCCAUGACAACAGGAAACGGCAUGACAAACGCACCAGGUGCAACAACAACGGCGCCAUCCAUGACAACAGGAAACGGCAUGACAAACGCACCAGGUGCAACAACAACGGGGCCAUCCAUGACAACAGGAAACGGCAUGACAAACGCACCAGGUGCAACAACAAUGGCGCCAUCCAUGACAACAGGAAACGGCAUGACAAAUUCACCAGGUGCAACAAAGGCGGCAUCUAUGACAACAGGAAACGGCAUGACAAACGCACCAGGUGCAACAAAGGCGGCAUCUAUGACAACAGGAAACGGCAUGACAAACGCACCAGGUGCAACAAAGGCGACAUCUAUGACAACAGUAAACGGCAUGACAAACGCACCAGGUGCAACAACAAUGGCGCCAUCAAUGACAACAGGAAACGACAUGACAAGCGCAAUAGGUGGAACAACAACGGCGCCAUCCAUGACAACAGGAAACGUCAUGACAAAUGCACCAGGUGCAACAACGGUGCCAUCCAUGACAACAGAAAACGGCAUGACAAGCGCAAUAGGUGCAACAACAACGGCGCCAUCCAUGACAACAGGAAGCGGCAUGACAAACACACCAGGUGCAACAACGGCACAAUCCAUGACAACUGGAAACGGCAUGACAAACACACCAGGUGCAACAACAAUGGCGCCAUCCAUGACAACAGGAAACGACAUGACAAAUUCAUCAGGUGCAACAAAGGAGGCAUCUAUGACAACAGGAAACGGCAUGACAAACGCACUAGGUGCAAUAAAGGCGGCAUCUAUGACAACAGGAAAUGGCAUGACAAACGCACCAGGUGCAAUAACAAUGGCGCCAUCACUCACAACAGGAAACAGCAUGACAAGCGCAAUAGGUGCAACAACAACGGCGCCAUCCAUGACAACAGGAAGCGGCAUGACAAACGCACCAGGAGCAACCAUGGUGCCAUCUAUGACAACAGGAAACGGCAUGACAAACGCACCAGGUGCAGCAACAACGGCGCCAUCCAUGACAACAGGAAACGGCAUGACAAGCGCAAUAGGUGCAACAACAACAAUGGCGCCAUCCAUGACAACAGGAAGCGGCAUGACAAACGCAACAGGUGCAACAACAAUGGCACCAUCCAUGACAACAGGAAACGGCAUGACAAACGCACCAGGUGCAACAAAGGCGGCAUCUAUGACAACAGGAAACGGCAUGACAAACGCACCAGGUGCAACAAAGGCGGCAUCUAUAACGACAGGAAACGGCAUGACAAACGCACCAGGUGCAACAACAAUGGCGCCAUCAAUGACAACAGGAAACGGCAUGACAAGCGCAAUAGGUGUAACAACGGCGCCAUCCAUGACAACAGGAAACGGCAUGACAAACGCACCAGGUGCAACAACGGCGCAAUCCAUGACAACUGGAAACGGCAUGACAAACACACCAGGUGCAACAACAAUGGCGCCAUCCAUGACAACAGGAAACGGCAUGACAAACGCACCAGGUGCAACAAAGGCAACAUUUAUGACAACAGGAAAUGGCAUGACAAACUCACCAGGUGCAACAACAAUGGGGCCAUCCAUGACAACAGGAAACGACAUGACAAACGCACCAGGUGCAACAAAGGCGCCAUCCAUGACAACAGGAAACGGCAUGACAAACGCAUCAGGUGUAACAACUAUGGGGCCAUCCAUGACAACAGGAAGUACAACAAAGGCAGCAUCUAUGACAACAGGAAACGGCAUGACAAACGCAUCAGGUGCAACAACAAUGCCGCCAUCAAUGACAACAGGAAACGGCAUGACAAGCGCACCAGGUGCAACAACAAUGGCUCCAUCCAUGACAACAGGAAACGACAUGACAAACGCACCAGAUGCAACAACAAUGGGGCCAUCCAUGACAACAAGAAACGACAUGACAAACGCACCAGGUGCAACAAAGGCGGCAUCUAUGACAACAGGAAACGGCAUGACAAACACACCAGGUGCAACAACAAUGGCGCCAUCCAUGACAACAGGAAACGGCAUGACAAACGCACCAGUUGCAACAACAAUGGCGCCAUCCAUGACAACAGGAAACGGCAUGACAAACGCACCAGUGUGCAGAGGAACAGUGGUCAAAACUUUGAUCUUGAGCUCUCAGGAGAGUCAUCAGGCUAUGUUGCAGCAGUCCUGUCGCCUGACACCUCACUGGGGGGAAACGACACAACCUAUGUUUGUGCAAAUAACAACGGUAAUGUAAAAUUCUUCGGCGCCAACCUCAACAACGGCCAGCUUACAGAGAGUCCGCUUCUGGUGCUGUUGGAUCCGCAAGCACCCAAUUGA